AUGUCGGCUCUGUCUGCGUCCCUAGCUGCCGCAGCGGCGGCCGCACGGGCCAGUGAGACGUCCAGAGAGUCCAACAAUGUUGCUGUAACCAAAGCCAGACCACCGCAACAUACACUGGUCAAGCCAGCUCCAGCCAAACCACCGCGACCGGUCGCCCGACGACCAAAACAACCCGUUAAGAUCACAGUCGAUACGUCGGUCGCUAACACCCCUGCGCCGCAAGGCUCCUCAGCCACCUCUGCGGCUGCUGCGGCUGCCCGACACUUCAAGAAGCAGAAAGAUGAACAGUCGUCUCCAAAGCUCUCACCGCAUCACCGACCCCCUGCCAGCCAUAGAAACAGCGGCGAGUCCGCCAAGACGCCGAGCUCAGACUCCCGACCGGCCAGCACAACUUCUACGAUCCCAGUCACACCGGUUUCCGCUACAACGCCAUCGUCAACUGUAGCAGCCGCAGCAUCCGCAGCAGCUAAGCGAUCGUCCACUUUCAACAAGAGCGUACCGACGCCCGUCGUGUCGGAUAUCAUGAAGAAGGAACAGGAGGAAAACCGAGCGGCGGCGGCGGCGGCGGCGGCCCAGGAGAAGGCCACACAAAUUAUUCGUGAUCUUCCGUCUCCGUCCAACUCCGUGCGGUCCAAGCGACUGUCACAGUCGUCACUCGUGCCAGUACUCUCCGACGAAGACAUUUACAACCAUAGGCGCUACGCCCGCUCGUCUCAGAGUUUUGCCACGAUCCCCACCGACGAAGACUCGCCAGGCGAAAUGGGCGACUUCGAAGAUAACAACCAAGUGCAUCGAGAACGGGCUCGAGGAAUCCAGAGCGCCGCCAAACACGCAAAUCGACUGUCCCAGACGUCCAUGGACAGCACUCACACAUCUCAGCAGCUGCAGCCGGUCGUGUCGCCGCACACAGGCCUCCCUCAGGAAGGGUCUGUGCUGGCAGCAGCUCUCAAGGCUGGCUCCAACGCCUCCAGCACAAUGGAGCGCAUUUCGCUGACCAAUGAAGCCAAGGAGAGAGAGAAGGCCGAGAAGCGGCAACGCAAGGACGCAAAGGCUAAAGCUAAGCUUCUGGCCCAGGCAAACGCUGUGUAUCAACAAAGCACCAACGAGAGUCACCAUGCCCACCAUCAUCAAUACCACCAGGGCAACAUCUUCAAGCGGGUGAUAGGCAAGUCUGGUAAGCCCAUCGACCCAUUCCAGGGCUUCUCGCCCAACUUCAGUGAACGACCUGGGGAGCAUUUCCACAAUCACCAGAGGGAGAUGCAAGGAGCCCCAGACGGAAUUAGACGGUCAAUGGAUACUUCGCGGCAGUCCAUUGACGCUCCACGGCAGUCACUCGACGCUGCUCGACAAUCCAUCGACACUCCACGUGAGCUGACUACUAAUGAUACCUCGCCUAUUCCCAUCCAGCCAUUGAAGUCGCAUGACGCAGGGGCUGUUUCUGAUCUGCCUACGUCCCUAGAUGAACCUGGACUCUCGGGUCAUCCGCAUCUCCAGCAGUCGUUCAGCAAUAAUAACGCCUUGCAGACGGUCAAGUCGUCGACAGAUGACUCUAUGUCUAUCGCUAGUUUGGACUCUGUUGAUGACAGUGGACCCGGCCGGCCUCCUCUGCUAGCGCCCAUACCCAUUAGAAAUGCAUCCAUCAUUCCGGUGAGCUCCGAGUCCGAGUCUGAAGACAUCCGACGAGGCCACCGACGUCAUCUGAGCUCGUCUCAGUCACAGCGAAACUCUCUGCAGUUUCCCAUGUCUCCCACAUUUUCUGCAUCUCCUGCCAAGCAGCUGAUUACCCCCGAACAGUUGUUGCCGAAGCGACGACGAGGUAUUGCACGAACACCUUCAGUGUCGUCUUCAGCGCCUCGGUCGUCGUCGCCAGUGAUCUCUAUUCCCUUGGAGCGAAGUAGUACUCUGCAAUCCACUCUGCAGGGGUCUCCUAUGAACUCUCCCGUUGCGAAGUCACCUGUUUUUUUUGAGGGUAACAAUGGAAGCACGAACGGUGGUCUGGGAAGUUCGAUGAGCAAUAGUCCACCUGAUAGUGAGCUUGCAUUGACUCCCUCUGAGUCCACUGCUCACUCGUACUUUGCUAGAGAGUACCGAGAGCCCAAGUCGUCAUCUACUCGAGGUGUUGAGGGUGCCUCUCGUCUUGCCAAGAAGCUGCCUCAUCGCCACCUCGCUGCUGGAGGUAAGAGCAUUGUCAAGAGCAUUUGGAACAAGGCUACCCCAGAUGCUCCACCGCCUCCUCCUGUUUCUACAGGUGGUAUGAAGACAUCGUUGCGUAAGCAGCCCAAGAAGAAGUUCAAUGAGGACAAGCCUUGGAAGCACCAUAACGAUGCAGACACCCUGACUGAUGCCGAUCGAAAGCGAUACGACGGUGUUUGGGCUACCAACCGAGGGGCCCAUGUUCCUUACUACAUGGAGCCGGAGGAGUAUGACAUUUUGAUUGACGAAGAAGAGUUUUACGAUGAGGGCUUCCUGUCCGAUUCAGACUUCACUGACAGCGACAGCGACGACGACUCGGUAUCUUCUGCUGAGUACAUCAUGUCUGGAGAGAACAUUGGUAAUGAUGACGUCGUUGUGAGUGACCAGAACGACGCUGUGCAUGGAUACAUUGUGUCUCGUCUGUGGCGACGAUCCCGACUCCCUGAUGAACGUCUUUCUGAUAUUUGGGAGCUAGUGGAUCGAUGCAACGACGGUACACUGGAUAGAGAAGGCUUUCUUGUGGGCAUGUGGCUUGUAGACCAGUGUUUGUAUGGUCGAAAACUACCCAACAAGGUCGACCCACGAGUGUGGGGUUCUGUUGGCCGUCUCAACGUCAACAUCAAGAUUCGGCAGAAGGAACCCAAGCGGAACUCUGCGAAGCGGAAGGCUCGAAGAAAGGUCCGACGCGAUAGAAAGGAGCUUGUUCGGGAGCGUGAGCGAAACGAAAAGGAGCGCAGGAAGGACGAAAAGAAGGAAAAGAAGGAUGAAAAGAAGGACAAGAAGGACGAUAGGAGAAGAGACAAGAAGAGGGUGGGAGAGGCGUAA